CAGGCUGCGGCGGAGGCAGAAGCGCUUUGGGCAGGUGUCCGAGGGGGGCGGCGGUGCGGACAGGAGCCCCACCCCUCCCCCUGCCGCUGCCGCUGCCGCUGCUGCGGGUGGUGGUGGUGGUGCGGGCAUGCGGGGCAGCAGCCGCUCGCCGGUGCGCUGGCGGCCCGAGGGCGAGGAGGGCGGAGGAGGGGGAGGGGGCGAGGAGGCGGGGGCGCUAGGGCGCUCGGUGUCGCCCUCGCCGCCGCCGUCGCCGCUGCCUGCUUACAUGGGAGGCGGGGGCGGUGGGGGAGACAUGAUGGGGGAUGACGAGGACGGCGGUGCUGCGGGUGGUCCCGCGCUGGUGGGCACGUGCGAGCUGAUGUGCCCCGUGGCGGAGCGGAAGCGGCGGGAGGCCACAGGCGAGCUGAACAUCUUCGAGCGGCUGGACCCGGACAACGCCAAGCUGACCAGCGAGGCGCUCAUUAUAAAGAAGGCGCGCAAGAACUACAGCGAGGAGGACCGGCGCCCCGAGAGCCUGCGCACCUUCCGCGCGCUGCGCCUCACCAUGUCUCGCCUGCGCUCCCUCAUCUCCGCGCCCGACGAGACCGGCCUGGCUGCCGCCACGGGCCGCUCCCCCGAGCAGGCGCUGCUGGACGUGCAGGCGUUCCUGUGGGACCGGUACCGGGAGGUGCGCAAGGAGAUCAUCGCGCAGCACUUCCACAUGCGGCCGGAGCUGCUGCCGGAGGUGCUGGCAUGGAACGAGGAGAUCGCGCGCUUCCUCAUCAUCUCCUCGCACGAGCUAUGGGGCAACCCCUCCUUCGCCUCCCAGCUGAACCAGGAGCAGCUGAAGAAGGUGCUCACGGACCUAGUGACGCGCUUCUACACGGCGGCGGGGCGGCUGGGGGUGCCCACUCCCCACUCCGCGGAGAUGAAGUGCUACCUGCUGAUUCUGAUGCUGGGUGGCACCAUUGAGAAGAACGGCCGCCGCUUCCGGCAGCCCGCGGAGGCGCACAUGUACCUGCGGCAGUACAGCAAGGAGGAGCUGUCCUCCCCCUGGACCCGCGUGUUGUUCGCCGUGAUGGCCGCCCUGCAGUCCGGCAACCCGGUGGCGUUCUUCGAGCUGCUGGGCCGGGCGCCGUACACCCUCGCCUGCAUCUGUGCCUCCCACGUGAUGCCCAUGAGGAGUGCCACCAUGCACAUGCUGGCGGCGGCGAUGGGGGCCCCCCACCCCGGUCAGCCCGGCGGCCGCCCCGACCCCUCCGCCGCCCUGCCGCUGCCGCACCUCGCCCGCCUGCUGCGCCUGUCGGAGGCCAACGCGGCCAGCUACGCGGAGACGGGGCGCGCGUUGCUGCAACCGGGGGAGGCGCCGGGCCAGCGCAACGUCUCCUUCCCCUCCACGCAGCUCGCAUCCCGGGCGCUCAAAGCCAGGCCCCAGCACUGGAUCACCUCGAAGCGCUCCCCCCGCGGCCGCAGCGCCGACACCACCACCCCGCCCCACCUGCCGCCCGAACUGCUGGAC